AUGCCAGAGACUUCAGGCGGAGUUGAGGAGGGAGAAGCGGCGGGACGGGGAACCGAAAUCUGGGUUGUCAUCAACGCCGUCGGGGGUGUCGAUGCGUGGGUGGGGUGAUGUCCCGCCAACUUUUAGCUGGAGUUUAAGUCGAUAUAGGGAUCGAACGCCAUCAUUGGACGGUCUGUCUGUCUUCUACCCUUGAUUUCACUGUACCGCAUGCUCGGAUCGGGUUCGCUCACGGACAACUGUAGAUCCAUUUCUAUCGGCUUUCAGCUCACGGACAACCCCUCCUUCUACUAUAAAUCGGCCAGGGCGACCGAAAGGCUCCCACUACGAACCACCGCGCCCCGGCGUGGGCAAGUUCUUCGAUUCUAUACUCGAGCCCUUCGUAGCCAUUUUCUCCCCGUGGAGAGCGUUACCGCCGGAGGCCCCUUGCGCUCCGUUUAGUACCGUGGGAGAGUCUUUUGAUUUACUGAAUACUCGUAUUUUGGCUGGACUGUCGACAAGUACGGCCAUUGGGGAAUAUAGAAGGCUCAAAGCCAUCCAACCUAGUCUACGACUUACCGGCCCCGCUGUCAUCGUGUUGUUGCGGAACCUGUUGAAGUUAGGACUACAUACACCGAUUUUGGAAGUCCUAGAGAUGGAGAACCUAAUUGUUGAUGAGGGCAUAAUGCUGUUAAAAAUUGCCAUGGAAGGACUUAGCCCGGAGAAAAGACAGAGAGUCGCCGAAAGACUCCUCGAGGCUGGGGGGGAUCUGUACUGGAAGCGAUUUAGGAGCAUGUUGUCAGAAGAGAUCAAGUCUUUUAGGACAGAAGAGGUCAUUGCGAGGAGCAAUCGGGAAUACGUCUAUAAUAUUCGGAGAGCGCAGAGUGGGGACAAAAUGCGAGAGCUCCUCGACGAAAUAGUAUUAACAAAAGCAACCAUCACAAGGCGGACAAGCCGACUGAUCGCCUCUCGGUUCGUCGAUCUCAACGAACUCGACUUGGGGGCUUCCUAUGCUCUAGAGCCCCUCAUAAACAUUUCUCAAAGCAACUACAUAGCAACGAUCUGCAAUGCUCUCUGUGACGCAACGCAAUACGGCGCAAGCUAUAAGCUCAUAAUGAGUGCCCUCAAAUCGGGUAAAUAUGGUCUCCUUUCAGAUCUAGAUAUAAAGCGAGGCGUGCGAACGGUCGACACCAUGUCCCAACCGCAUUUACAACUCCACGACCUCUGGGACGCGAUGAAGUCUUCCUCAUGUAUAUAUCCCCGCGACCUCUCCUACCACACCUACGCCGCCUUCCUCGGCCGCGCCACAAAGCUAAGAUUCGGCUGGCGGGGUAGUCUCAGAGAAGGAAGAGGCGAGACCCCACUACUAACAAUGUCCAUCGAGAUAAUCGUCCGCUUCACAGAUCAAGAAAAGAAGAUGGCCCGGGGUCUCAUCAGCUCCAUGCUAGAAGCAUGGAUAUGGAGCUGGGGCCGCACAUGCUGGAAAAAGCCCAAUGUGAAAACCUUGGAAGGAAGCAUCCCCUUCUUGGCGCCACUCUUCAACAUCCUCCCCCCCGAAGCCCGCGACCCAGCGAUCCUCAUGGCCAUCGAGAGAACAACGACCAACUGCAUCAGGAGUGGUGGUGAGGUCUGGCCCCUGCAGGUACUGUGGCCAUUCGUAUCAUCGCUAGCACAGGCAAAGAUCUGGAAAGAGGAGGAGAGCAUCGGCCUCUGGGCCACGGAGCGGGUACUGCUUCGCAAACGCCUAGCACCAGCAUACCUCCGCUACCGUACCGAUGCCGAAAUCGCACGGUUUGUCGCAAGGCAUUACCUUCCGCUGCGGUUGGGACUGACAGGGCCAAAGCGCGUGACGCAACAAACACAGGAUGCGGAGCGGGUCAUGGUACGCAUGCGCUCGCUGGAAAAAGGUGCCGCCAGGUUCCCAGGCCUGAGCGUCUUCGCCCUCGCGAUCCUGGCCUUCCAGGACACGAGCAUCCCCUCCAGCACCCUCCUCGCCGACAUGAUAUACACCCUCCACCGCCUCCACCGAUACACCGACAUCCCCGCGCUCCUAGCUUCCCUGAAACACUACAACAUCUCGCCCUCGCGCUCCGACAUCGCACGGCUAAUCCGCCUGCUAACGAGAGUCCACCCACCCUCCGCACUGGAGCUCCUCCAGACAUAUCCAGACACACAGUACUCCGUAUUCGCGCAAUUCAUCGUGCGGACCGCAUCCCCCCACCCGGACCUCGCGUUGCAGGCAUACCAACUCCUGACGCCGCCGAAACUGCACUACUUCUCGCGGCUCCGGCCGAAUAUUCCUGGCCGCAGGCUGCCUGGCAAGAAGCUACUGGUUGCUAUGGGGUGGAACUUUGCGAAUUCGCCGGUUCUGUCACCGAGGCAGAGUUUGCGCUACACGCAGAGGUGCUUGAGGGCGCUGUUAGAGCUGGGGUUGUAUCCGGGGCCGAGGAUGGGGUGGGCCAUUGCCAUCGCCGGCGUCGAGAGGGCGAUUCGCGCGGGGAUUCCGGUGGGGAGGGAGUGGGAGCGGAUGAAGUGGGUGCUGAAGGCUGUCAAGAGGAAUGCGGGGCCUGCGAGGGCGGGGGAGGUGGAUCUCAUGUUGAGGAGCUGGGAGCAGAGGGUUUGGAACGACAGGAUGGGGAGGAAGUGA